AUGAUUCGUAGAAAGCAAAAGACGAAAGAAGUUUUACCAAAGUUCAAGCUUCGUUUGGCAAUUGGUCCAUGUCGUAGUUGUACUACGGCUAUUGCGAAUAUGCUCGCUCAAGGCGACGGUGACGUGACAGUUUUCUUACGCCCAAUCAUUGGCGGAAUAUGGUUGAAUGGUUGCGCUGAUUAUAGAUUUUUUUACGGUGAACAUUCACAACAACGAAAAAGAAAUACUGCAACUACAUUUAUUGCUGUUGAAAGUGUGUGUGAACCAAGUCGUUACGAUAUAUUUCCUCCUGAUGAUUAUGAUGAAUUAAUUUGUAAGACAAAACCGUUGUUUUUAUUUCGCCAACCGUUAGAAACAUGGAUUUCAUGGAAAAAUAAUGACAUAGCCACUAUGAUUGGCCAACCGGACGGUAAAGGCAUGAGUAAUUUUGAGGAUUUUAAGAGUGCUUAUGAAUAUAUUUACGAAUUGUACAAACAAGCUAAGACAAUAACCAACGACGUACUUUGCUUGACGAAAAAUCAUUUAUCAAAGAAUUCUAAAUGCAUCUUACAGAUAUUAUGCAGUAAAUGGGAUAUUGUAUUCGACGAAUGUAUGGUGUCAACACAUUGGAAAUAUAAAAUCGAUAAUAAUCCAAAUAUGGUCAUAUCCGGCGCAGAACAAGAACUAUGUUUUGAUAUAAAUGCGACUUAUUUGAAACAAAUUCGAGAAAAGCAAGGUUUUCAGUUGUGUCAGUCAACUGACACCUGUCAUUUUCAAGAGACGCCAGAGGAGAGUGAUUAUAUCGAACGAGUAUUAAUGCCGAUGUACAAUGAAGUGGAUGCACAAAGCGGAAGAGAUUUUCCAUUAGAAUGA